AUGGCUGUGGGUUGUUAUGACAUUAAUUUGGAGACCAGGUCGCCUUUGCCGGUGAGAGAUCCUCCGCCAUCAACGACAAACUGGUCAGAGACAGCAGUUGGGCAAUAUCUGUGCUACUGUGGGCCACCACGGUCACCCAUUGUCCUUCAGGAUCUUGUCGAUCUCCUCCGCCUCAGUGUCAUUCAAAGUUUUACUAAUAGCUACAUGAAGCUCUGA